GCUCGCCAUAUUGUUUUGUUGUUAAUGCAUUUUCAUUGAUUGUAGGAAGAAUUGACGAUUUUUUGAAUCAGUGAAUUGAUACCUGUUUAUUGUUUGCAUAUUCCGGAUAGCUAGUAAAAUGGUGGUGAUAUUUUCUUAGUGUAUCAUUUAAAUGAUUAGUUCGUUUUCUCGGCGUUUAUCUCUAUCUUGAACUGCUCGAAAAUGAUGACCUCAUUUCAACAGCAACGCCUAUUGCUCAUCAAUGCUGCUGGGAAACCUCCUCCUCUGCCACAAGACACAUCAUCCUCAAGUGCUCAGCCUCCACGAGGAUUACCCUCAACAAAUCCUCCUCCAAUUCCCCCUCCAAACCUCCCACCUCCAGCUGUACCACCAGUAAUGCUCCCUCCAGGUAUGUCUCCCCUUGGGAUACCUUCAAUGCCUCCACCUCCUAUGUCACUCAUGCCUCCUCUGCCUGUCCAAUCACCAUCAGGGCCUCCUUUGCAGCUAGAUCCUGUACCUGGCACAGAGAUGGAACAGGAAUGUGAGAAUCUUGAGCCAGAACCGGAUUUAGAGCCGGAUUACAUGGAGAAUGAGCCUCCAGCACCAGGAACUGAAGACCCUGAUGUCCAAGUAGAUCCAGCUCGUUUGUGUGAGGAGUAUAAUUAUAUCUUUAACUUGACACAAACAGGAGAAGUUAUAACAGGUCCUGGUGCCCGUAGUACCACAGUUGCAGGCAUUCUGAGUCCUCUGCCUAAACUUUCUUCUGACGAUGCAGAUGCCGUCAACAAAGCCAAGAAAUAUGCAAUGGAACAGAGCAUAAGGAUGGUGCUCAUGAAACAGACUAUAGCUUAUCAACAGCAGCAAGAGGCUAGUCAGAGGAAUCUAAUCCAGAGGCAACAGGCUCUCGCUCUCAUGUGCAGGGUGUAUGUGGGCAGCAUCAGUUUCGAGCUGAAAGAGGACACGAUAAGACAGUCUUUCUUGCCGUUCGGGCCCAUCAAGUCGAUCAACAUGUCUUGGGACCCGGUGACGCAAAAGCACAAGGGAUUCGCGUUCGUCGAAUACGAGAUUCCGGAGGCGGCCCAACUGGCCCUGGAACAGAUGAACGGCGUCAUGAUUGGCGGCCGCAACAUCAAGGUGGUUGGCAGACCCAGCAACAUGCCGCAAGCGCAAAACGUCAUUGACGAGAUCCAGGAGGAGGCCAAGCAAUACAACAGGAUAUACGUGGCAUCCAUCCAUCCCGACCUCAACGAGGAUGACAUCAAAAGUGUUUUCGAGGCGUUCGGCUCGAUCAUCUAUUGCAAGCUGGCGCAAGGCAGCUCGGGCACCAAGCACAAGGGAUACGGCUUCAUCGAGUACGAGCUGGGACAGGCGGCCAACGAGGCCAUAGCCAGCAUGAACCUGUUCGAUCUGGGCGGGCAGUAUCUGAGAGUGGGCAGGGCGAUCACCCCGCCCAACGCCCUCUUGGGACCCUCGUCGGGAUCCAGCGUGUUGCCCACCGCGGCAGCAGUGGCGGCGGCAGCGGCGACGGCAAAGAUCCAGGCGAUGGACGCGGUGGCGAGCAACGCGGCCGCCCUAGGGUUGUCCACCCUGAACAAACCAGAGCCUGUCGCCCCCGUCGGCAUCGCGCAGCCCAUCGUCACGGCGCCGCCCACGCCGGGCGGCAUCCCGCCCCCCGGCAUCGCCAUUCCGCAAAUGGCGCCGCCAAACCACGCCCUCCAACCGCCCAUCGUGACUACGCCCAUCGUCGGCGCCAUGCCACAGGUGGUCGUCGUCAACGCUGCCCCGCCCCCUCUCCCCUCCUCUUUCGCGAUGCCCGGCUUCGCUGAGCCGCCGCUGAUGACGUCAUCGUCAUUGGACUCGAUGAAGCGAGAGGCGCAGCUCAAGCAGCAGGAGCAGCUGCAAAAGAAGCUGCUGGACCAGAGCGAGCCGCAGACGUUGCAGCAGCAGGAGAGCAUGUCGAUAAAGGGCCAGAACGCCAGGCACUUUGUCAUGCAGAAGCUGAUGAGGAAAGUCGAUACAAGAGUGGUUAUUUUGAGGAAUAUGGUUGGUCCUGAAGAAGUGGAUGAAACUCUGCAAGAAGAAAUCCAGGAAGAAUGUAGCAAAUUCGGCUCAGUGGAAAGAGUGAUAAUAUACAAUGAAAAACAGUCUGAAGAAGAUGACGACUCUGAUGUGAUUGUGAAGAUAUUCGUUGAAUUCACCGAGACUCGUGAGGCGGAAACGGCCAGAGAUGCGCUCAACGGAAGGUAUUUUGGAGGUCGGAUGGUUCGGGCUGCGCUCUAUGAUCAAUCAUUAUUUGAUCACAGUGAUUUUUCAGGUUGAGACUUUCAUAAUUUAUUUUAGUUUCCUAAGUUCCAAACUAGAUCACAUUUCGGUGUGAAUAUUGGAAUGUCUGCAUUCAUCCAUCUCAAGUUUAUAUUGAAAUAUUAAAGUAAUUGUAUAUUGAUUUUUGUUAUCAUGUAUAUUUUUUAUUUGUAAUAUAGAUUGUGAAAAGAUU